AUGCCGACAACAAAGUACACGAAGUUAAUCAACGAGUCAGAGGAUAUCGAAAAUGGAUGCUCAAACGCAGCAACUAUCAAAAACGUUUCUAGAGAGAUGGCUGACGUUCUGAGUUUCGUCGAUUAUGAUACCAUGCACAGACUUAGCAUGCUUCUCAAUCCGCCAGAUAUAUUUGGCAAUGACUGGCGGAUGCUUGCCGAUAAGAUGGGAUUUACAUUUCUCGAGAUUCGUAACAUUCAACAACGUGAGAAAAAUCCGACACAGGCGUUACUGUUAGUGUAUAAAACUCGCACUGGUAAAGGUAACAAAGAACUACUUACUGACCUACAUGACUAUACUUUAUCAAUGGGUCGAGAGGAUUGUGUUACACUUUUAAAGCGUGCACUGAAGGGUGAAAAUGGAGAUGAUUUGAAGAUUAAUCUGUCUGUUCUUACGUGUGGAAAUGAUAGCAUUCUUACGGAACAAAUAAUAGAUGCUUCUGAGUUUUAUUACGGUCGACUGUGCUGUUUAUUGUUGAAAGAAGGCACUGAGCAGAUACGAGAAUAUUUUCUGAAUAAUUUGCCAUUGGGGUUUGACAACAUAUUCGAUGUGUUGCACAGCAAACGUUAUAAAAUGCAGUUACGCCUGCUACGAGAAAAAGAAAUACUGACACAGAAUCAGUUUAACACUCUAUACCCUCCAUCUUGUACGGCAGAUCCCUUCGUCUUUGACCAGGAAUUACUGUUCAUCUUGAUCAAACAUCUCAUCCCACAGGUCGACUUAGACUGGCGCAAGUAUCCACAAGAGGACAAGCUAAAGCCAGAGCAUGACGUCAUCAGAUUGAGACAUCUACGUCAUCGGCUUAUACACAAAUCGAAAAGAGAUCUAAGCCAAAAUGAAUUCGACCAAUUUUUCAGUGAACUAUCUCAUAUUUUAUUGAGAAUGGGACAAAGUCCGGAAUCCUUAAGCAAAUACAGUGAUCGCAUAUCAAUAUCUGAUAUACCAGACCUGAAGCAAGAGUAUUCAAAAGCAGUGGCACAGUUGAAGGAAGAAUUCAUCAGAACAACAAUGGCGGCAGACUUUACUCCCACUCGAAAAUUCAAUAGAUUCAUGAUUCUCAUUAUUCUCUGUUUCGUUACUAUGCUAGUAGGACUAUCGUUGUUUGUUGGAAUAUAUCUUUCCAAUAAACCAAAUGGAACACUAAAAUGUGCUGAGAGUCCUGCGUUAAUAACUAACGACAAAUCCGGCAUUUUCCGAUAUAAGAGCAGAGAGUCGUGGGGUGCAAAACCUCGGAGCGGCCAUCAAACACUUCGUAAGUCCCCAGCUAAAUAUGUCAUCAUCAUUCACUCAGCUGGGCUUGAUUGUGCCGAUAUGGUCGACUGCUGCCAGAGCGUCGUUGAAACACAGGAGAUAUACAUGCACAAGAACGAUUCGACUGACAUUGGUUACAAUUUUAUGAUCGGCAGUUAUGGUGUUGUGUAUGAAGGAGCGGGGUGGAACUUUACGGGAUCGCACUCUCCAGGCUGGAACAACAACUCCAUUGGUAUUGCAUUUAUUGGUGAUUUCCGCAGGAGACUACCGGAUAAUAUAGCCCUACAAGCCCUUGAAGAAAUUCUUUAUUAUGGAGUCAACAAUGAAUAUCUCAUGCCAAAUUACACGAUGUACGGCCAUUGUCAGGUUAAACCUACAAUGAGUCCUGGAAGGAAGCUCUACAAUGAACUAAUGUCCGGUAAUUGGCCACAUUGGCGAUACCGCAACGUCUCCUCAGACGAAAAGCUGAAUGGCCCCAGAAAAGAUUACUGCUUCGACAAGAAACCGGUAAAAACAAAAGCAGCUACUGGAUGCUGGGAUUAGGAAAAAACAACGAGUUGCAGCUGUAUAUAUGAAACCAAAAAGAUUAAUAACUUUAGAAUCCUUCCUUAACCAAAGACAUUCUAUUUUUUUUAUUGGAGAAGCUUAAUCCCGAAACAAUGCAUUUGCUGAAUAUUAGAAAGCAACAUAUUCUACUUACUGUUAAAACUUUUGAAUUGGUCAUCUAAAAAAUUGAAUUUAAUUAGGAUUAUUUUAAAUAAGACUUUAUAAGGAAAUGCUGUAAAAACUCAAAAGGAGUGGUAUCAAUAUGGAGAACUUUUUAAACACACGUUUCU